UUGAUAUUUUCAUUUCUUUGAAAUUUUUUUAAUGAAAUUUUCCUCUGAUAAGACAAAAACUGAAAGGAAUCGACUUUUCUUUUAGUGAUGGAAGUCUUAUCAUUAAGCCAAGAAAUCUUCUGAAAACUUCAAGUUCCAUGUUCUUCCUUUGAAGAUGGUGCAAAGAAAGGUGAUCAACAAGCUUGGAAUUAGAUUCCAAGCUGAUGGUGAUCAAUUGCAGCAACAGGAUGGGAAGAAUCGAGGAAAAGAUUUGAAGAAGAAAAUGAAAAAAUCAGGAUCAAUGAAGCGUCAAGAUUUUGAAAAAUGUCGUUUGCCCAAUAUGGGAAGGCAAGAGCGGCAGCCCGGAAGACCUCCGCCGCCUGUAGCAACGCCGCAGAAGCAGCCAGGCGCCGCCGCGGUAGAGAUAUCGACGCCGACGCCGAAUUACAUGAAGUCCACCAGCAGUUCUGAGGCAAGAAAGGAGCGGUCCCAGGUGAGUUCUCCCGGAAGUUCUAAAACUAGUCCUGAGAGUAUAAAUUCACGAAGAAAAAGUUCAGGCUCAUUAAGAAUGUUAUCUAGGAUUUUGCCAAAAACUCCUAGCUUUAAACCCUCAAGAUCAUCUUCAAAUAAAUGUUCCCCGGUUGUGUUGUGUGAAAAUUUAGAUCUUAAAAGAUCAACAUGUUCAUCAACUUUGAAGGAUUAUAAGUUUCCCAGUUACCUCAGUCUUAAUCCUGGAGGAACAGAAUCAGAGGGGACCUCUGUAAUGAAGGUCUGUUCGUAUAAUUAUUGCUCUUUAAAUGGUCAUAAGCAUGCUUCUGUGCCGCCUUUGAAAAAGUUCUUGUCUGCGAGAAGGCUUAUGAUCAGGACCCAAAGGGGCUCAAAGCUGGGGUGUUUAUCACCAAGGCGACCAAGUCCUGGAGAUGGUGUGAAUAUCGAUAGGGAAGUUCUUAGUCGAGAUGAAUUGGAUAGCUUAACAGUUAGUCCUCUGAUUCAAGAAGAGGAUGGGGAUUUCUAUGUUGAAAUCUAUGGUGUAAAGAAGGAAGAUGGUGGUGAGCAAACCGGGGUUGAUCAGAGUGCAAUUGAUGAAAAGGAAGACGAAAAACUUAAUACUGACAGCGAUUCUGGUGAAAAUUUUGAUCAAAAUGGAACUGAUGCUGCUGUCUUUCCUGAAGAAAUUGGAGUGGUGGAGGACAUCAACAUACCUUCCGUGGCUGAAGAGGAUACAAAUCUUGGAUGCUUGAAGGUCCAGACUGAGAUCACGAGAGAGAAUGUACAAAGUGUUCAAUCAGAUGAACUUGAUUCUGAUGCUUCGGAUAUGGAUUGGGAGGCAGGGGAAUACUCUGCUUUCUAUCUUGAUGAUGAUGUUCGUGAUUAUUCACUAGAAGGCGGAAAAGAAUGUGACCGGAAAGGAGUAGAGUCAUCUCAAGUUGAUAGCUGCAUCAUUCGUGAAGAAGCGAUUUUCAAUCUAGAUGAAAAUGUUAGCAGCUGCUUUGAUGAAAUUCCUGCAGAUGAAGAAAGCUGGAGCUCUGACUCGACAGGGUCAUAUGAAUUCCGGGACAACUUCAACAUUGAGAUUACUUCUUUUCUUUUUGAGGAUCAAAUGGGAAAUCUGGAGGCAGCAAAAGAAGAUAAGAAUAAUAUUGUGUCUUCGGACCUGGAUGGUGAUGAAGAGAAACGGAUGUUAGAAGAUGGAACUUCAAUUCAUGAAGAUGAGGGUUCUGAUGUUCCUGAUAGUGUCAGCACCGGAAAUCUGAAUGAGAAGUACGAGCACGAUGUUGGCGGCCUUUCUGAUACUGCUAACAUAUAUCCACUCGACAGGGAGGCAUUUGAUGGAGGCACUCUUCCUAUUUGUAAAGAUCCAGAAAUGGAUCAGUACUGUAAUAGUCGGGCAAAACUUUCAAGCUCUGAUAACGACGAUGGGGUAGAUGUGAAAGACCAAUCUGAUGCUGCAAAGUUGACUGGGAUAAAAGCAUCUGAUGAGGAAUCUCAGACUAGAAAUGUGGAAUAUCAGGGCCACUUGGUUAAUCAUUGUAAUGAAGCUGAUAAUUUCGCUGAAUUAGUUCCCAUAGAUCCCCAAAAAGGGUCUUGUUUAGGCAUGCCUGAGCUCAAUACGGCUGAAAAUGGAGAUCACAUAGUUCAAACAAAUUCAACCACGGCAGAAAAAAAAGACACCUGCUUGACAAGGACUACAUUAACGGAAUCAGAUAAUGCAUUUGACGCCUGCAAAAACCUAAAAACAACAACCAGAUGCAAGAGACGCGUCGAUGAGUAUGACAAAUCAAGACAAUUCAAUCCACGAGAUCCAAACUUUCUACCAGUUGAACCUGAUCCGGAGGCCGAAAAGGUUGAUCUUAAGCAUCAGAUGACGGACGAAAGGAAAAAUUCUGAAGAAUGGAUGCUUGACUAUGCACUCAGACAAGCAGUCACAACACUCGCUCCAGCUCGCAAGAGAAAAGUUGCAUUGCUGGUUGAAGCUUUCGAAAAAGUCUUGCCAAGUGAACCUCACCGGGCGCAUAGCUCAGAAGCAUUAGGCCAUACUAGACCAAUCCAAGCAUGCAGAUGAAACCAGUUGCAGCUGAUAUGAAGAAGGAGCUCAGUUGAGCUAUAGAUGUCAGCCAGCAUAGAAGUAUUCAUCUGACAUAGCUAAGUUCAAUCUUCCAAGAGAGCCUGGAAACUAGAAAGUGA